AUGGCAGAGAACUUGAAGAAGUGCCACCAAAGAACAAAGAAGGUAGAUGCUAAACUCAUUCCUGCUCAAAGAACUAAAGCUGAAAAGAGUCUCGAGAAAGUCAUGCAACAGUCUGAAAGUGUAGUGACUAGACCACCUCUACCGUUUCCACAGUGCCUUCAGAAACAGAAAGUAGAUGCAGCCUGUAAGAAAUUUCUUGACAUAUUGAAGCAUGUACACAUCAACAUUCCUUUGGUAGAGCUGUUGCAAGAAGUUUCGAAAUAUGCUAAGUACAUAAAGGAUGUUGUUGCAAAUAAGAGGCACUGGACAGAAUUUGAGACUGUGGCACUUACUGAGGAGUGUAGUUCCAUAGCGAGGAGCAAGAUUCCACUAAAGCUGAAAGAUCCGGGUAGUUUCACUAUUUCUAUCACUAUUGGUAAUAAUGAGGUUGGGCUAGCAUUGUGUGAUUUAGGUGCUAGUAUUAAUCUGAUGCCUACCCCUGUGUUUCGAACGUUGGCGUUGGGUGAGCCAAGGCCAAUAAUAGUCACUUUGCAAUUAGCUGAUAGAUCUCUUGCAUAUCUCGAUUGCAUAAUUGAAGAUGUUCUUGUGAAGGUGGGUCCGUUUAUUCUGCCAGUUGAUUUCAUCAUCCUUGAUUAUGAGGCAGAUAAGAAUGUCCCUCUCAUCAUAGGAAGGAGAUUCUUAGAGACAGUUUAUGCAGUUAUCUGA